AUGUCUGAAGAAACCGACCCUUCCACUUUAGCCCGCAAGUAUCUUGAGUGUCUUCUCAGGAGUGGCAAUGCUAAUUUGGACGGCAUUGAGAAUAUGUUGCGGAGACGCCUUAACGAUUUUCACAGUGAUCUCGAGCGGCGCAUGUCUUACAGUCUAGACGAGUACCAUACAUCUGCAAUGAAGUGGCAUGAACACUUGACGAAGGUAGAAUCACCAGACUCAGAGCUGGUCGAACUAGCUUCAAAGUUCUUGCAUUCCUUGCAGUUCACUCACUGGGUGGAAUACCUUCAUGAACACAACGGUUGCUUGAUAGCAAUUUUUCGCGUCGAGCACGAAUUGAAGAGUUGGGCAGCCAAGUUACCCGCAAAACAAAGGGAGUUGCUUCAAUUGGAAGACUACUUUGAGGCUCCGUACGAAGAACUUUGUCAAAGGUUGAAGUCCCAUAACGGCAGGGAUACUUCAUGGCGGGCACUCUGGCGCCUUGGCAUGUUCCACGAUGAGAGGGGAAAUAUCUCUAAGAUGAAAGAGGUCUGGAGCCAGGUGCUUGACGCUCUGGGAGAACCUGAGACGGUGGACAUACUACCUGCAAAAUUGCGUCUAGCGGACGCUCACAUGUUGCAGGGCGACGUACUUGAAGCGCACCACAUGUACGUCGAAAUUACGGCACAGCAAUGGCGUUAUCGUCCAGAGGAAGUUCCCUCGGCGCUGUUGAAGCAAGGGCGGGCAGAAAUGCUUAUGAACAAAAUUCCUACAGCUCUGGAAACCUUUACGUCUGCCUGGACUGUUAAUCAACAGCGUCUUCAACGGCUGCUGCGAAUGCACCACGCCCAGGCUCUGCAUGCUCAUGCAAAGAUCUUUGUCGACCCUAAAAAAUGGGAUGUGUCAUCAGCGACACACGACAUACAUACAUACACCCAGAAGAUGAGGAACAUUCUUGGUGGUGAUGACUGCCAUACACUCGCACUCUUGAUUUCUGAUGCGGAUAUUAGACGGCUACAUGACAAGAAAUUCUAUUUCGUACCAUCACUUUCCCACCGCUGGAUGGAACGGACCGGUUACCCAAUGUCCUGCCUCUGCAUAGUUGAUUUAGCUAUAACAACAGCCAUCGCAUACCGGCAUUCUGAGAUGAGGGAAGAAGCCGAGAAGCUACUUGGGCAAAUUGAGGAGUUCGGAAUGCUUGACGAGAAGGAUCGCCAUGUGCGGUUAUGCCAGGCCAAACACCUCAGAUCUUAUCUUUUGUGCGACGGAGGAGACAUUGACGCAGCCAUCGGCGUGUUACAGGACGUCUUGAAUCAGGUGGGCCAUGAGAAAAACAAUCGGACACUGCUCUGGGUGCGUCUCGAUCUGGCCAAGAUGCUGAGGCACCGGCGUCGCAAGGGAGAUGAAGCAGCGGCGGCAUCUCUGUUCAGUGAUAUUGUCCAGAAACGGGCUGAUGCCGAGCUCAGUGACGACAUUGAUCUUCUGGAGCAAGCAGAAAGGGCAAUCCAAAUGGUCCGCGACUCCCCCUAUGAUGAGGUCGGUAAGGCUGAGGAACUUUUGCGAGGCCAGGGGCUCUGCUGGGUCCGAGAGACCGAUUUGUGGCAUCCAAUGGGUUAUUGGUAUAUGCCAGCAACUGAUACGGCCCGCAUGGGAUUUCCAGAUUUGACAGAUGUUAGUUCUCGUGCUACAGAGCAGGUAUGA